AUGCCUCGUGGCCAGCCCACAGCAAAGCGACAGCCAGGUGUUGCGAACCAGCGCGAUUCUCGCCAUGACGCAGGUAUUGUGACGCCCGGCAAAAGAAUCCAACCAUCCAAGCAAAAGAGCAAUGGACAUAGCAACGGGCACCCAAAGCAGCCCGAUAGCAAUUGUUCAACACCACCUCUGCCAGCAACCCCUCCACCAGCCAACGGGCAUGCGAGACAGCAUCCCCUCUCCGAUUCCCAACCUGCCACGGUCCAUAAAAUGGCAGGCCCUGUAAGAAGACCGUCUUUUGGUGCCUACUCCGAAUCCUCCUCAUCCGAAUCCUACCACAACAACGCCGGACUAUCUCCUGAAAACCAUCGACGGAUCGAUGUCAAUGCUACCAAGAAUCCCGCUGUCCAUCGAGAUCUUGGCCCUUUCAAUCUAGCUUUGACGGUCUUGCGGUCGUGUCCUCUCUACGAUACUAUUGCCAUUCUCAUCGUCCUACUACAGCUACCACCAACAUUUCUAUCUUUGGUCCAUCUCCUCUUUGCCACAUUGACUUUUGUUCCGCCUUCGAACUCGACCACCUCGGGAUUAAGCUUCACGGAUGUUUUUGAGGGGACGUUGGGUACGCCAUCCGUAGCUACAAUUGUGGUGGUGGAUCUAUUCGUGUUGAUGGUAUGGCUAUUUUUAUGGAGCCCUCUUCAGGAUGUUGCUUUGGACCUAGCUCAGACCGUGAUUGCUUUGACGUUAGGAGGUGGCACCAGUGGCAGGGAAGCGGGGUUGAGAAAUGUCCUUGUCUGCUUUGGUCUGAUAGCCUCCUCCCAUUUCGCUCGUAAUGGAAAUGUGAAGCAAUCCGGAUUCCGUGCUAUUCUUUCCUCCACUUCCUCGAUGGGAUCGUCGGAUCCAGAUGAUCCCCUCGAGCCGGUUUCCCAUGGUGGGAGUAAGAAGAAUGCGCAUGGCUGGGUUCGGAGCAUUUUGGCAAUACACAUUCUGGCGCAAGGGCUGGUCCGUUUUGUUCGUGAUUUAUACAUUCAGAGAAAUUUAAGAGAAAAAAGAGAUACAGCAACUUCAAUCAGCGAUCCAGAGGCUGGAAAAACGUUGGCAGACAAUGCCAGCGAGACCUCCAAUUCUAUUGCGCAAACUACCGAGAACGAUUCCUCCAUACCACUAAACGCCACUACGACCAUCAACUCCAAAAAGAAGAGGAAGCAGAGCGCACAGGUUCGCGUUAGGCAACCUCUUUGGGCUGCGUUGGCCAGUACAAAGAUAGUGAUGGUAAAGGAAUACGAAACCUCACAUACAGCAGCCGAGUCGGCAGGCACAAAUGCAACAGACAUCAACAAUCUAGGAAAUGCACCUUUCAAUGCUGAGGCGGAUCGUAUUUGGAUCACUUAUGUUGGUUCUGAUGCGGUUAGUUUUAGUACGAGUUAUUUCCCACAGCACACACCAUCUUCAGAUCUCGAUGAGAGGCGUAUCGAUUCAUUGGGGGUAGACCGAUCCAAGCCAUUUUUUGUUCGGGUCAACAAGACAGUAUGGCACGCUACGAAAAUCAAGGCCAUGAUCAAUCCAGACAAGCUCGAUGGUCAGGAUAUGCGAUGGACUGGGGAAAUUUUUGGACUUGCCCCCGCCACGGAUUUUGAAUGCGAGUUUGUUAGUACCGUCGACGAUACCGUACUAUUCUCAUCAAGUGUCUGGACCAUGGCACCACCAUCCGCCGACACAUCAAUUGGUCUUUCUCCCAAUCCACAAGUUCCAAGACGCCCAGGAUCGCCAACUACAACACUCAAAACCUCCAUUGCUUCAUCAGAACUCAAGUUGACUGAAGAACGGAAUCGACAGAAGCGCGAACGGAAGGAGUUACGAGCCAAAGUCAACGCCAUCAAAAAAGAGAUUGAUAAACUCGCCAAUAGCAUUUCUUCUUCUGGUGGAAAUGAUGAUCGGGUCAAGCAAAAGAUUCAACAAAACAAUCUCCAACAAAAACAAGCAGAAGAUGCUCUCGUAGGUCUGAUUGCGGAAAUCAAAGCUCUUGAAGUGAUUCCUCUUGAUGAUGCUGCGCAAUACUCAUCAUGCAAGGGCGAAUACAAGGGUCAGACCGAAAAGCAAAAGCACUUUCGUUCCGAGGUCAACAGUACCAGGCAGAACGUCGAACGUGACCUCUCGAAUCUCAACAACGAGCUCUCGAAUAUUCAGCAAAAGUAUGAACGCGCGCAAACUAGAGUCAACAAACUCGCUAGUGAGCAUGAGCGGAUUACCGAUGCGAAUGCCAGGGGCUUGGAUGAGGCUCAGAGAAAGGAAAACGUGAGACAAGCAAAUCAUAUCGAGCGAGCCAAGUUGGAAGGAAUGUACUUGGAUCGACUCAAUGGGCUCACGGGACAAGUAGCCGAAGCAACUGCAUCUCUUCAACUGAUGUACGGUCAGAUUGAAAACAUGCAGCGUCAAGAAAUUUAUGCUACAGCAAGCCCAACCACCAGCGUACCAAACCUUCAUGCGAACAAUGGUUACGGAUCUGAUAUGAUGAUUGACCAUCCCAAUACCACUUACCCCUGGAACGCAGCAGCCAUGCAAAAUCCAGGUAACAUGUACUCACAAGUACCUUAUGGCCCCCCGCCAUCUAUGCCCAUUCACACAUCGGGAACUCGAACUCGUGGAAGGAGUAGCAGUAUGCUCAGUAACUUGUCCGGCUUUACACAAAGCGACGAGGAGGUUACAGCUCCGAUGCACCCAUUCCCGGUGGGGCAAGCGACUUGGGGACAUUACGAUGCACAGAGACAUGGGAGUACUGGUAGUGGAAGUGGCGCUGGUAGUCUUGGAGAUCCGAAAAGUCCACUUGUUGGGAAUGGUAUUAUGGUUGCGAGAUGA